GAGAAACAGAAAGAGAAAGAGAAAGAGAGAGAAAGAAAGAAAAAACGACAACCAGAGAGAGAGAGAGAGAAGAAAGAGUCCGUUAAUUAGUUUCAGUUUAAAAAAAAAAACAAAAAACAGAGAGAAAAAAAGUUGAGUCGAAAUGGUUAAUGUAACAGAAGAAGAAAUAUGUUCAGCAAUACAUUCAUUAUUCACAGAAACAAACCCUAGAACAAGAACAUUCACUACAUUGAACCAAGUUGUUUCAGAGCUUCAAUCUAAACUUGGUGGUUAUGAUCUUACUCAUAAGAUUGAUUUCAUUACGGAACAGAUCAAUCUUCUUUUUGCAGCUUCUUCUCAACAUCAACAACAACAUGUUCAUCACCACCAGCAGCAGCAGUUACAACAACCUCCACCACCUCAACAACAACCUCAACUUAUUUCUUUUGAACGUAAAGACCAUUUUACCCUUCACCAAAACCCUAAUUCCCAUUCUGUCCCUGUUACUUCUGCUUUUCGUAACAACGUUGUUGUUUCUUCUGCUGCUGUUGCUGAUGCUUCUGUUGCUCAUGUUUCUGCCAAUGUGCUUCCCAAGGAAAGUGCUCAGCCUAAGCCAAAGAGAAGAGGCGGGCCAGGAGGUCUCAACAAACUUUGUGGUGUUUCGCCUGAACUUCAGGUCAUUGUUGGCCAGCCGGCAAUGCCAAGGACUGAGAUUGUGAAGCAACUGUGGGCUUACAUAAAGAAAAACAAUCUCCAAGAUCCUAGCAAUAAGAGGAAGAUAAUUUGCAACGAUGAACUGCGCGUGGUGUUUGAGACGGACUGUACUGAUAUGUUCAAGAUGAAUAAGUUACUGGCUAAACACAUAAUCGCCCUUGAACCAACCAAAAAGCCUGCCCCAAAAAAACAGAAGGUAGAAGUGGAGGUGGGAACACGAAGUGCUGAACCUGCUCCUACUCCUUCUGUAAUAAUAUCUGAUUCACUUGCUAACUUUUUCGGUGUUACUGGAAGGGAGAUGUUACAGACAGAGGUUCUGAGACGUAUCUGGGAGUACAUUAAAGUCAACCAGCUAGAGGAUCCUGUGAAUCCUAUGGCAAUAAUGUGCGAUGCAAAGCUUCAGGAGAUCUUUGGCUGUGAAAGCAUUUCAGCAUUGGGGAUACCUGAAGUAUUGGGCCGUCAUCACAUUUUUAGGAGAUCAUGAUGCUGACAACAUUCUAUGUGACAGAUUGUGUGAUGUUAAUUCCAGUAUAGUACAAGCUGAUCUUGACUACAUGUUGAUAUGGUUAUGUAAUUUGACUGAUUAAACAAACUUGUGUCCUUAGUUCAUGUUGAUAACUGGAUGACUUAGUAGAAGGAAGAUGUUAUAGUGACAACUUUACUAUUGGGAGUGGCACUAUGUUUUUAGCUCUUGUGGUUUGUCUAACUUGGCACUUAGGUUAGAGUGACAUGUUGGUUAUUCUGAAAUAUGUAUAAUGUUCUGAUAAUAGGAUAGAAAAUGAUGUAUCAUUCUAUCAUGACUCAUGCUAUAUUGCUAUUAAUAUGUAGUUAAUGAAAAUGCAGUUUGCUAGAUGUACA